GCCCGUCAACCUUUUAACAGCUAAAUUAUUGCUUAUUUAAAUCACUGCUCACUCAGUUAUUCGUGGAAUAUCUACAACAGUAAAGUACGGGAGAAUGACAGCACAUAUUGGAUACUAUUGAGGAGUAUUCAAAUACAAAAUCGCGAGAUUGAUACUGUUGUUGCACUCAAAAGAAAAAUGCCUAUGUUUUUUUCAUGAACGUGAACUGACAACUAGUUUGUACUGUCAGAGUGUGCUGUGUAAUGUAACUCUAGUCUAUGUACACAGCACUGAACUGUGUGUAGCAUGUAUAGUCCUAAGUUUUCAACUGCAUCCUGUCGGAUUGCCUACUGCCUGUUCAUAAGAAAGUCAAAGCUGAACCCUAAUAAGAAUGGAACACCCUGGAUUUGUUCAAGAAAAUACUGCAAAGCUGCACAACAACGGGGUGUUGUGUAUGAAUCAGUGUCACAUGACGUCUUUUCAAACUUAGCCUUUGAAGAUUGGGUGUAUCAUAAACUAGACCUGAGCGAAACAAACCUACUCCUGUUGUGGCGAAAUGACUCGAGCGUCGUGAUUGGUCGACAUCAGAACCCUUGGGCGGAGUGUCAGUUGAGACAUCUGUGGGGGUCAAAGGUCAGCCUUGCAAGAAGGAGAAGCGGGGGAGGUACUGUGUAUCAUGACUUGGGGAAUCUAAACUGUACUUUCUUCACCAAGCGAAGUGAAUACAGCCGCAUACAUAACUUGGAGCUUCUCACUAGUGCCCUGAAGACAAGAUGGCCGAUGCUGAAUAUCGGUCUAUCAAAACGAGAUGAUAUACUUCUUGAUGACUUUUUCAAAAUAUCAGGAUCAUCAGCGAAGUUGGGGCGAGAGAUUGCGUAUCACCACUGUACUCUACUACACAGUGUCAAUACACAGCAACUCAAGUCACUACUACACUCACAAAAGGAUGGUUUAACGAGUCGAGCAACAGCGAGUGUGAGGACUGCCGUCAAGAACUUAUCAGAUAUGGAACCAACGAUGGAUCACGAGUCUCUGGUGGACGCCAUUGCGCAAACAUUUUAUACAGUAUACCCCCCUCUACAUGACGAUAAGAUUUAUCCAAUAGAUCCAUCCUCUGAAUUAGACUGGCCUCAAGUCAAUUACUACCGAAAAGACCUUGCGAGUUGGGACUGGGUCUAUGGCAAAACACCAGAGUUCAGCGUACAAAGAUCUAACGGUGAUGUGUCGGUGCUAGUUCACGUUAAACAUGCUCACAUCCUAGGAGUGGUCGUACAGGCACCGGAUAGAUGGAUCGAUGUUGGACACAUACAGAGCCUGACUGAUCAAUUAGCUGGAAAGAUGUUCUGGCCGCAUGAUGUGAUUGCAACGACUAAUUCUUUUCUUCAAUCAAUCAACAUCGAUCAGAACACGAGACAAAGGAUGAACCUAGUGUGCUCUUUGUUACAAGAGGCAAUCUCAUGAACU